AUGCCUGGUGGUGGAGCAAUUCCAGUCACUGGCACGGCCGACGUCAAUCGUGUCGAGGCCCCCGUUACCGUUCGUGCCUAUCUGAUUGUUGCGUUCGCAGCUUUCGGUGGAAUCUUCUUCGGAUACGACACCGGUUGGAUGGGUGGUGUCCUCAACAUGGACUUCUUCAUCAAGCAGUAUACUGGUUACGAGUACCCUGAUGUUAAGAUGCCUGGUGCCAGCGCCGAGGAGGUUAAGGCCUACCGCAAUAACUUCUUCAGUAUCCCAUCAUGGCAACAGUCUUUGACAACCUCUGUUCUGUCUGCUGGCACAUUUUUUGGCGCCAUAAUUGCUGGUGAUCUUGCCGACUUCAUUGGUCGCCGCAUGACCAUCAUCGUGGGCUGUGGUAUUUUCUGUAUCGGUGGUAUCCUCGAGACCGCGUCUACUGGUCUCAAUGUCAUGGUUGCUGGUCGUCUCAUCGCUGGUUUUGGUGUUGGUUUCAUCUCCGCCAUUGUCAUUCUCUACAUGUCUGAGAUUGCACCGCGCAAGGUCCGUGGUGCCGUCGUUGCUGGCUACCAAUUCUGUAUCACCAUUGGUAUCCUGCUCGCCAACUGCGUCGUUUACGCCACCCAGAACCGCCGCGACACGGGCUCGUACCGUAUCCCCAUCGCUGUACAAUUCCUCUGGGCCAUCAUCCUGGCCGUUGGUCUCGCUCUACUGCCCGAGUCUCCCCGAUUCUGGGUCAAGAAGGGCAAGCUUGACAAGGCUGCCGCCGCCCUUGGUCGCGUCCGUGGCCAGCCUCUCGAUUCCGAGUACAUACAGGAUGAACUUGCUGAGAUCAUUGCCAAUCACGAGUACGAGAUGUCUGUUGUCUCUCAGACCAGCUACCUCGGCUCAUGGGCUGCUUGCUUCGAGGGCAAGCUCUCCAGCCCUUCUUCUAACAAACGCCGUACCAUUCUCGGUAUCUGCAUGCAGAUGAUGCAGCAGCUUACUGGUAUCAACUUCAUUUUCUACUUCGGCCCCGUCUUCUUCCAACAGCUUGGUUCCAUCAGCAACCCCUUCCUCAUCUCUCUUGUCACCACCCUAGUCAACGUGCUCUCCACUCCCGCAUCCUUCGUCAUGGUUGAAAAGAUCGGCCGCCGCCCCAUUCUCAUCUUCGGGGCUGCGGGCAUGGUCAUUAUGCAGUUCAUUGUUGGUGCUAUUGGAGCUACCGCUGGCAAGAAUACUCCCGACCAUCCGGCCAACCCUAAUGCGACCCGUGCUAUGAUUGCGUUCAUCUGCUUGAACAUCUCGGUCUUCGCUACCACUUGGGGUCCCGCCGCCUGGAUCGUUAUCGGUGAAAUCUUCCCCCUUACAAUCCGUUCUCGAGGUGUUGGUUUAUCUACUGCUUCCAACUGGUUCUGGAACUGCAUCAUCGGCGUCAUCACGCCCUACCUGGUCGCCGACCGCGCCGACUCCGCUCGUCUCGGAUCCAACGUAUUCUUCAUGUGGGGCGGCUUGUGCUGCAUCUCCUUCGUCUUUGCCUACUUCCUGGUGCCCGAGACCAAGGGCCUUACGCUCGAGCAGGUCGACAAGAUGCUUGAAGAGACUACCCCCCGCACGAGCCGCAAGUGGAAGCCUCACAGCACUUUCGCGGCUGACAUGCACCUUGGCGAGAAGCAUUUUGAGAUCCCGGUUGGCACUGAGACUGUUGGGACCAAGACAGAGACCUCUGCUGUCUAG